AUGGCGGCGGAGACGACGCUGUCCGGGCUGCUGGUGUCCGCGGCCAGCUCGCUGGCCAGCCUGGGCGGCGUGGUGGUGGAGCCCAGCGACACCUCACUGGACGCCGCCGAGGACGUCAACGCGAGCCUCCGCAACGCCACGGCCCUGGACGCGCAGGACGAGAGCUACGUGCUCAUGGUGUCCGUGUCGCUGAUGCUGGCGCUGCUCAUCCUGGCCACCGUCAUCGGCAACGUGUUCGUGAUCGCCGCCAUCCUGCUGGAGCGCAACCUGCAGAGCGUCGCCAACUACCUGAUCGUGUCGCUGGCCGUGGCCGACCUCAUGGUGGCGUGCCUCGUCAUGCCGCUGGGCGCCGUCUACGAGAUCUCGCAGGGCUGGAUCCUGGGGCCCGAGCUGUGCGACAUGUGGACGUCCAGCGACGUGCUGUGCUGCACCGCCUCCAUCCUGCACCUCGUGGCCAUCGCCAUGGACAGGUACUGGGCGGUGACCAACGUGGACUACAUCCACACGCGCAACAAGCAGCGCAUCGUGGCCAUGAUCGUGGUGGUGUGGGCCGUGGCGCUGGUGGUGUCGCUGGCGCCGCAGUUCGGCUGGAAGGACGUGGACUACCUGCACCGGAUCAACGUGCAGCAGCGCUGCCUGCCCUCGCAGGACGUGGGCUACCAGAUCUUCGCGACCUGCUCCACCUUCUACGUGCCGCUGCUAGUCAUCCUGGGCCUCUACUGGAACAUCUUCCAGACGGCGCGGCGACGCAUCCACCGCCGGCACGCGCAGCGCAACGCCGUGGCGCAGGGGCUGUACGGUGCGGGUCUCGGCAAGCAUCCCUCUCUCUCUCUCUCUCUGUCUCUCUUACGGCGCCCCGAGCCCCGCCAUGAACGCUCCUGCGUUGCAGCCACGGCCAUCCUGCCCACGACGGGCGUCGCCAACGUGGUCUGCAAGCGGCGCUUCCUUCGCAUGCGGCGCUACUCGUCGGUGGAGACCAACAACAGCAAGAACUCGUCGGUGCGCGCGGGGGCGGGCUGCCAGCCCGAGGGCCAGUCCACGUCCACGGUCCUCGAGGCCGACGCCGAGUCGUCCGCCACCAAGGUGACGGCGCUGGUGCGGCAGGACUCCGAGGACGUGUACACGUCGUACGAGCCGCAGCCCGGCACACUGCCCGGCGACACGUGCCUCUCCGUGGUGGCGGCGGGGGCCGUGCUCACGCUGCCGUCCAGCGCCACGGAGCCGCCCGCCUCGGAGAACCGCAAUGAGAUGACGGUGAAGCGCGCCGUGGAGAUGAUCAAGCAGAACCCCAUCGUGUCGCGCAAGGAGAAGCGGGAGACGCUGGAGGCGAAGCGCGAGCGCAAGGCAGCCAAGACGCUGGCCAUCAUCACGGGGGCCUUCGUGGUGUGCUGGCUGCCCUUCUUCAUCAUGGCGCUGCUCAUGCCGCUGUGCGCGCAGUGCGAGAUCAACCCGCACCUCGCCAGCUUCUUCCUGUGGCUCGGCUACUUCAACUCGACGCUCAACCCCGUCAUCUACACCGUGUUCAGCCCCGAGUUCCGGCAGGCCUUCAAGCGCAUCCUGUACGGCGGCCGGCACCCGCGCAACGGCCGCGGCCGGACCAGGGACUUCCGGACGAGCGGCCGGCGGUAGGGGCGGUGCUGUC